AUGGGUCGGGGUGAUGGAAAACAAGGCUCUGGGGCGGGAGAACGGGGCUUUCCAUCUCCCCGCCCAAUUCACCCGCUUUCCAUCACCCCGCCCCAUUCUCCCGCUUUCCAUCAACCCGCCCCAUUCUCCCGCUUUCCAUCACCCCGCCUCAUUCUCCCACUUUCCAUCACCCCGCCCCAUUCUCCCGCUUUCCAUCACCCCGCCCCAUUCUCCCGCUUUCCAUCACCGCGCCCCACUUUCCAUCACCGCGCCCAACUUUCCAUCACCCCACCCCAUUCUCCCACUUUCCAUCACCCCGCCCCAUUCUCCCGCUUUCCAUCACUCCGCCCCAUUCUCCCUCCUUCCAUCACCCCGCCCCAUUCUCCCUCCUUCCAUCAUCCCGCCCCAUUCUCCCGCUUUCCAUCACCCCGCCCCAUUCUCCCGCUUUCCAUCACCCCGCCCCAUUCUCCCGCUUUCCAUCACCCCGCCCCAUUCUCCCGCUUUCCAUCACCCCGCACCAUUCUCUCGAUUUCCAUCACCCCGCCCCAUUCUCCCUCCUUCCAUCACCCCGCCCCAUUCUCCCUCCUUCCAUCACCCCGCCCCAUCCUCACGCUUUCCAUCUCCCCGCCCCAUUCUCCCGCUUUCCAUCACCCCGCCCCAUUCUCCCGCUUUCCAUCACCCCGCCCCAUUCUCCCGCUUUCCAUCACCCCGCCCCAUUCUCCCUCCUUCCAUCACCCCGCCCCAUUCUCCCUCCUUCCAUCACCCCGCCCCAUCCUCACGCUUUCCAUCUCCCCGCCCCAUUCUCCCGCUUUCCAUCACCCCGCCCCAUUCUCCCGCUUUCCAUCACCCCGCCCCAUUCUCCCGUUUUCCAUCACCCCGCCCCAUUCUCCCGCUUUCCAUCACCCCGCCCCAUUCUCCCGCUUUCCAUCACCCCGCCCCAUUCUCCCGCUUUCCAUCUCCCCGCCCCAUUCUCCCGUUUUCCAUCACCCCGCACCAUUCUCACGCUUUCCAUCACCCCGCCCCAUUCUCCCUCCUUCCAUCACCUCGCCCCAUUCUCCCGCUUUCCACCACUCCGCCCCAUUCUCCCGCUUUCCAUCACCCCGCCCCAUUCUCCCGCUUUCCAUCACCCCGCCCCAUUCUCCCGCUUUCCAUCACCCCGCCCCAUUCUCCCGCUUUCCAUCACCCCGCCCCAUUCUCCCGCUUUCCAUCACCCCGCCCCAUUCUCCCGCUUUCCAUCACCCCGCCCCAUUCUCCCGCUUUCCAUCACCCCGCCCCAUUCUCCCGCUUUCCAUCACCCCGCCCCAUUCUCCCGCUUUCCAUCACCCCGCCCCAUUCUCCCUCCUUCCAUCACCCCGCCCCAUUCUCCCUCCUUCCAUCACCCCGCCCCAUUCACCCGCAUUCCAUCACCCCGCCCCAUUCUCCCGCUUUCCAUCACCCCGCCCCAUUCUCCCGCUUUCCAUCACCCCGCCCCAUUCUCCCGCUUUCCAUCACCCCGCACCAUUCUCCCGCUUUCCAUCACCCCGCCCCAUUCUCCCUCCUUCCAUCACCCCGCCCCAUUCUCCCGCUUUGCAUCACCCUGCCCCAUUCUCCCUCCUUCCAUCACCCCGCCCCAUUCCCCCUCCUUCCAUCACCCCGCCCCUUUCUCCCGUUUUCCAUCACCCCGACCCAUUCUCCCGCUUUCCAUCACUCCGCCCAAUUCUCCCGCUUUCAAUCACCCCGCCCUAUUCUCCCGCUUUCCAUCACCCCGCCCCAUUCUCCCGCUUUCCAUCACCCCGCCCCAUUCUCCCGCUUUCCAUCACCCCGCCCCAUUCUUCCGCUUUCCAUCACCCCGCCCCAUUCUCCCGCUUUCCAUCACCCCGCCCCAUUCUCCAGCUUUCCAUCUCCCCGCCCCAUUCUCCCUCCUUCCGUUACCCCGCCCCAUUCUCCCUCCUUCCAUCACCCCGCCCCAUUCUCCCGCUUUCCAUCACCCCGCCCCAUUCUCCCGCUUUCCCUCACCCCGCCCCAUUCUCCCGCUUUCCAUCACUCCGCCCCAUUCUCCCGCUUUCCAUCACCCCGCCCCGUUCUCCCGCUUUCCAUCACCCCGCCUUGUUUUCCCGCUUUCCAUCACCCCGCCCCAUUCUCCCGCUUUCCAUCACCCCGCCCCAUUCUCCCGCUUUCCAUCACCCCGCCCCAUUCUCCCGCUUUCCAUCACCCCGCCCCAUUCUCCCGCUUUCCAUCACCCUGCCCCAUUCUCCCGCUUUCCAUCACCCCGCCCCAUUCUCCCGCUUUCCAUCACCCCGCCCCAUUCUCCCUCCUUCCAUCACCCCUCCCCAUUCUCCCGCUUUGCAUCACCCCGCCCCAUUCUCCCACUUUCCAUCACCCCGCACCAUUCUCCCGCUUUCCAUCACCCCGCCCCAUUCUCCCUCCUACCAUCACCCCGCCCCAUUCUCCCGCUUUCCAUCACCCCGCCCCAUUUUCCCUCCUUCCAUCACCCCGCCCCAUUCUCCCUCCUUCCAUUACCCCGCCCCUUUCUCCCGCUUUCCAUCACCCCGCCCCAUUCUCCCGCUUUCCAUCACUCCGCCCAAUUCUCUCGCUUUCCAUCACCCCGCCCCAUUCUCCCGCUUUCCAUCACCCCGCCACAUUCUCCCGCUUUCCAUCACCCCGCCCCAUUCUCCUGCUUUUUAUCACCCCGCCACAUUCUCCCGCUUUCCAUCACCCCGCCCCAUUCUCCCGCUUUCCAUCACCCCGCCCCAUUCUCCAGCUUUCCAUCACCCCGGCCCAUUCUCCCUCCUUCCAUCACCCCGCCCCAUUCUCCCUCCUACCAUCAGCCUGCUCCAUUCUCCCGCUUUCCAUCACCCCGCCCCAUUCUCCCGCUUUCCAUCACCCCGCCCCAUUCUCCCGCUUUCCAUCACCCCGCCCCAUUCUCCCGCUUUCCAUCACCCCGCCCCAUUCUCCUCCUUCCAUCACCCCGCCCCAUUCUCCCGCUUUCCAUCACCCCGCCCCAUUCUCCCUCCUUCCAUCACCCCGCCCCAUUCUCCCGCUUUCCAUCACCCCGCCCCAUUCUCCCGCUUUCCAUCACCCCGCCCCAUUCUCCCGCUUUCCAUAACCCCGCCCCAUUCUCCCGCUUUCCACCACCCCUCCCCAUUCUCCCGCUUUCCAUCACCCCGCCCCAUUCUCCCUCCUUCCAUCACCCCGCCCCAUUCUCCCGCUUUCCAUCACCCCGCCCCAUUCUCCCACCUUCCAUCACCCCGCCCCUUUCUCCCGCUUUCCAUCACCCCGCCCUAUUCUCCCGCUUUCCAUCACCCCGACCCAUUCUCCCGCUUUCCAUCACCCCGCCCAUUCUCCUGGUUUCCAUCACCCCGCCCCAUUCUCCCUCCUUCCAUCACCCCGCCCCAUUCUCCCGCUUUCCAUCACCCCGCCCCAUUCUCCUGCUUUCUUUCACCCGCCCCAUUAUCCCUCCUUCCAUCAACCCGCCCCAUUCUCCCUCCUUCCAUCACCCCGCCCCAUUCUCCCUCCUUCCAUCACCCCGCCCCAUUCUCCCGCUUUCCAUCACCCCGCCCCAUUCUCCUGCUUUCCAUAACCCCGCCCCAUUCUCCCGCUUUCCAUCACCCCGCACCAUUCUCCCGCUUUCCAUCACCCCGCCCCAUUCUCCCGCUUUCCAUCACCCCGCCCCAUUCUCCCGCUUUCCAUCACCCCGCCCCAUUCUCCCUCCUUCCAUCACCCUGCCCCAUUCUCCCGCUUUUCAUCACCCCGCCCCAUUCUCCCGCUUUCCAUCACCCCGCCCCAUUCUCCCGCUUUCCAUCACCACGCCCCAUUCUCCCGCUUUCCAUCACCCCACCCCAUUCUCCCUCCUUCCAUCACCCCGCCCCAUUCUCCCACCUUCCAUCACCCCGUCCCAUUCUCCCGCUUUCCAUCACCCCGCCCCAUUCUCCCGCUUUCUUUCACCCGCCCCAUUAUCCCUCCUUCCAUCACCCCGCCCCAUUCUCCCUCCUUCCAUCACCCCGCCCCAUUCUCCCGCUUUCCAUCACCCCGCCCCAUUCUCCCUCCUUCCAUCACCCCGCCCCAUUCUCACGCUUUCCAUCACCCCGCCCCAUUCUCCCGCUUUCCAUCACCCCGCCCCAUUCUCCCGCUUUCCAUCACCCCGCCCCAUUCUCCCGCUUUCCAUCACCCCGCCCCAUUCUCCCGCUUUCCAUCACCCCGCCCCAUUCUCUCGCUUUCCUUCACCCCCCCCCAUUCUCCCGCUUUCCAUCACCCCGCCCCAUUCUCCCUCCUUCCAUCACCCCGCCCCAUUCUCCCUCCUUCCAUCACCCCGCCCCAUCCUCACGCUUUCCAUCACCCCGCCCUAUUCUCCCGCUUUCCAUCACCCCGCCCCAUUCUCCCUCCUUCCAUCACCCCGCCCCAUUCUCCCGCUUUCCAUCUCCCCGCCCCAUUCUCCCGCUUUCCAUCACCCCGCCCCAUUCUCCCGCUUUCCAUCACCCCGCCCCAUUCUCCCGCUUUCCAUCACCCCGCCCCAUUCUCCCGCUUUCCAUCACCCCGCCCCAUUCUCCCGCUUUCCAUCACCCCGCCCCAUUCUCCCGCUUUCCAUCACCGCGCCCCAUUCUCCCGCUUUCCAUCACCCCGCCCCAUUCUCCCGCUUUCCUUCACCCCGCCCCAUUCUCCCGCUUUCCAUCACCCCGCCCCAUUCUCCUGGUUUCCAUCACCCCGCACCAUUCUCCCGCUUUCCAUAACCCCGCCCCAUUCUCCCUCCUUCCAUCACCCCGCCCCAUUCUCCCGCUUUCCAUCACCCCGUUCAUUCUCCCGCUUUCCAUCACCCCGCCCCAUUCUCCCGCUUUCGAUCACCCCGCCCCAUUCUCCCGCUUUCCAUCACCCCGCCCCAUUCUCCCGCUUUCCAUCACCUUGCCCCAUUCUCCCGCUUUCCAUCACCCCGCCCCAUUCUCCCGCUUUCCAUCACCCCGCCCCAUUCUCCCGCUUUCCAUCACCCCGCCCCAUUCUCCCGCUUUCCAUCACCCCGCCCCUUUCUCCCGCUUUCCAUCACCCCGCCCCAUUCUCCCGCUUUCCAUCACCCCGCCCCAUUCUCCCGCUUUCCAUCACCCCGCACCAUUCUCCCGCUUUCCAUCACCCCGCCCCAUUCUCCCUCCUUCCAUCACCCCUCCCCAUUCUCCCGCUUUCCAUCACCCCGCCCCAUUCUCCCUCCUUCCAUCACCCCGCCCCAUUCUCCCUCCUUCCAUCACCCCGCCCCUUUCUCCCGCUUUCCAUCACCCCGCCCCAUUCUCCCGCUUUCCAUCACCCCGCCCCGUUCUCCCGCUUUCCAUCACCCCGCCCCAUUCUCCCGCUUUCCAUCACCCCGCCCCAUUCUCCCGCUUUCCAUUACCCCGCCCCAUUCUCCCGCUUUCCAUCACCCCGGCCCAUUCUCCCGCUUUCCAUCACCCCGCCCCGUUCUCCCGCUUUCCAUCACCCCGCCCCAUUCUCCAGCUUUCCAUCACCCCGCCCCAUUCUCCCUCCUUCCAUCACCCCGCCCCAUUCUCCCUCCUUCCAUCACCCCGCCCCAUUCUCCCGCUUUCCAUCACCCCGCCCCAUUCUCCCGCUUUCCAUCACCCGCCCCAUUAUCCCUCCUUCCAUCACCCCGCCCCAUUCUUCCGCUUUCCAUCACCCCGCCCCAUUCUCCCGCUUUCCAUCACCCCGCCCCAUUCUCCCGCUUUCCAUCACCCUGCCCCGUUCUCCCGCUUUCCAUCACCCCGCCCCGUUCUCCCGCUUUCCAUCACCCCGCCCCAUUCUCCCGCUUUCCAUCACCCCGCCCCGUUCUCCCUCUUUCCAUCACCCCGCCCCAUUCUCCCGCUUUCCAUCACCCCGCCCCAUUCUCCCGCUUUCCAUCACCCCGCCCCAUUCUCCCGCUUUCCAUCACCCCGGCCCAUUCUCCCGCUUUCCAUCACCCCGCCCCGUUCUCCCGCUUUCCAUCACCCCGCCCCAUUCUCCCUCCUUCCAUCACCCUGCCCCAUUCUCCCUCCUUCCAUCACCCCGCCCCAUUCUCCCGCUUUCCAUCACCCCGCCCCAUUCUCCCGCUUUCCAUCACCCGCCCCAUUAUCCUUCCUUCCUGUUGGUGCAACCCUACGGCCCUAG